GUUGACCCUAAGUUGCUAAAUCAGCCGGUCCAUUCUCUCCGAAGCUCUUCUUCAGUCGUGACUGUGAGUCUGUGACUACUGACUACUCACUUAAGAUGCUUCAGAUUGCUUUGUAUUUGUCAUGUGGUGCUACAGCUUGUUACCUCUGGGGCCGUAGAAUUAAAGGGAAAGCUGACUCUUAUAACAGUAUUACCCGUGUGGCAGACAUCAAAUGUCUAGAUGAUUUGCUGAAAGAGAAAGCCACGAAUCUCCUUGCUGUUGUGUCCGGAAAAGUUGCUUCUGCAACGCCCUUUAACUGCAAACAUGAUGAUAAUGAUUCUUCUUCGGGUGAUGUUUUUGAGGCUAAGUUCGAAAUGGGGUAUGAGACCAAGUUGGACGAUGAUGGUGGUCUGAUAAACAAGUGUCAUAACUUUCUGUUUCAGAUCAAGGAUACUCCUUGGUAUCUUGAAGACGGUACUGGUAUGGUGAAAGUAGUGAGAGCUGAACUUGCUGAUGGAUAUAUUGAUAUUCUGAAACCGCAAUUUGAUAUGUCGUCAAUGAUUGAAAUCUUUCAGAGGUUUCAAAACCCCCAAGAAGGCUCUAAGGUGAUCUGUCGUGGUGCUCUCGAUACUGGUACCUCCUUAACCAUUGUUGGCGAG